GACUGGGUCUAUGUAAAACACACACACACACACACACACACACACUCUCUGCCAUAUCCUCUCCGGCGGCACCGCGACUUCGCAUUAGAAGAUUAGGGCGACGGCGCGGCGGUGGUGUCGAAAACAACAACAACAACAACAACAACAACAACAACAACUUUGGACUGUAGCUGUUCCUCGAAUGAAGGGCUCAUGUCUGCUGUGUCCGUGAUGAUUGUGGAGCACACGGCAUGGAAAGGAACAUCGGAGACCAGCUCAACAAAGCUUUCGAAGCUUAUCGCCAGGUCUCCAUUGAAAAGGACAAUGCUAAAAAGGAGCUGCAGAAAAUGACUGAAUAUUACGAGGGAUACACUCAAACACUUCAAAAGCAGAUAGAGGACCAGCAGCAGCUGAUUACAAAACUUCAAGCCAAGUUGUCGUCAACAAGGAAACCAUCAGGAGAGAUGAAAUGUGAACCUUGCAACCAUCUCCUUGAUGGGGCCAGCGCUUAUAGGAUAAAACCAUACCUGGAGAAUAUGGGCACUGUUGCUGUUUCUCCUAAAUUGCCCGUCAACUGCAGCCUUGAACACCAGGACAUGCUGGGUGUAUUCGAAGCAAUUCAAGGGAGAUUUCGGCAGAUUCGCUCUCUAACACAAAGACAAAAAGAUCACCUAAAAAGAUUCCACAGAGGAAAUGAUGCAUCAAGCGAUCAGCAGUUCUCCAUGCCCAUCCAGUGCACAGACCGUACAGACGAAGCAGAGAGACCCUUCUCCUCGGUGCUUAGGUCAGCAGUGGAUGUCCCACACCAGCCCGCGUCGCUGGCAUCCCGAGGCACCAGCCCCGAGGAAAGGGACUUAGUAGACUCUCUCACCAAACUCAGUGUCAAAUUCCCGCCCUCCACGGACAGUGAAUAUGACUUCCUGAACAGUGCUCCAGAAAGGCACAUUGGUCUCACCAAACCCCCGAAGCCGCUGCUCAGCAGCGUCCCCUCUGCACUGACAGAAGAGGAGCCCGUGGAACUACCCAUGCCUUUUGUCUACCCCACGUCCCCCUCCCACUCGACAUCAUCUUCGCUCUCUCAGGAGAACGUGCGAGGACCCCAGCAGCCUCUCUGGAGCCCUGAGCUGUGUGAUGCAGUUGACGUGGGGACAGAGCUGGCGACGCCUCAGAGCAGCAGUCCUGAUAAUUGUGCUUUCUGCCACGCUGUGGUUCCUCAGGAGCAAAUGACCAGCCACCUCUACUCACAUUUCUCUGAUAACAAUGACGCCGACGAUUGACAGUACAAGCAGACUGACGGGCCGAGGCCUCAACUCCUCCCAGGACUUUACUGUAUUCACGGUCAUGCCACGAUCCUGCCUGCCAGGAAAGUACAUGCGCUGUGCCGGAUUUGAAAAGACACUGCAAUAAGACUUGAAUCCAUUUAUUUAAUAUUGAAGAAUUGAAUGGUACACUUCUUUGCCCAUUAUAUUUUUCUAAUAUCGUGCUGAGAUUUUACUAUAGUAAGUGACGAUGAUGCAUAAUAUGGUAUAUAUGAGCAAAUAAAAGCGACAUUUACUCUUGCAA